AUGGUGUGCAUCCUUUUGGGGGUCGCCUCCCGCGAUUUGGGGACUCCGCGCAAGAUAAUGCUCUUUGCUCAUAAUAGUCUUCUGUCUGGGCCCUUAGAACGCGUUGGGCCCCUUCGGACGUACCUGGAAGUGUACUUUACCACAACUCCCAGUUCAGAAUUUACUAUUCGAGCACUCAGGAAAACGUUCAGUAGAGAAGGUGUCUCGCAUGCUAUCGUGACUGACACUGGAAGUCAUUUCACUGCCAAGAAAGUUACAGAUUGGUUGAACUCCGUGAGUUGUCAGCAUGUUCUCACUCCACCCCAACAUCCGCAAUCCAAUGGCGCAGCCGAAAACUUUGUACGCACGCUGAAGAGUGCCAUUGCUUCUUUGAAUCCCAGUACAUUCGACGAACUGGACAGAGGUGUUGAUAACUUUCUGAUGCAAUACCGUAACGCAGUACAUUCAACUACGGGACACAGUCCAGCAAAGCUGUUUAAGAGUCGAGUACUUCGAACAAAUCUUUUACGCUUGGAGUCUGCGGAGGUCGUGUAUCGUCCUGGUACCGAUUUACGACCCUCUAGGGGCAUUGUACUGGACAAUAUGGGACAAAGAGUAUGUCGCAUAUUGGAUCUAGAUGAUGGCACUGCACAUCGCAGACAUGUAGGCCAAAGGAAUUACAUCCCAGUACAUAUGUCGAAAACAGUACAGAACGAUCCAGAAGAUCUGAACGAUUACUCAACAACUUCCGCCGUGAUUACAGAAGACCGGAGCUUCAUUCAAGUUGCGGCGGAUGUGGUGAUUGCUCAUGAACCAUGA